AUGGCUGCAACAUUAAAACCAUACCUUACCGCUGUAAGACAUACAUUAACAGCUGCCAUGUGUCUAGAUAACUUUUCGUCUCAGGUGAUUGAAAGACAUAACAAACCGGAAAUCGAAGUAAAAUCAUCGAAGGAGUUAAUUCUAAAUCCCGUUGUAAUAUCGCGUAAUGAAAAGGAAAAAGUUUUAAUUGAGACAUCCGUCAACUCGGUCCGUAUCAGUAUUUCAAUAAAACAAGCAGAUGAGAUUGAGAAGAUCCUUUGUCACAAGUUUACACGUUUCAUGAUGAUGCGCGCUGAAAAUUUCAUUAUUUUACGACGUAAGCCUGUUGAAGGCUACGACAUUUCUUUCCUCAUCACCAACUUCCAUACUGAACAAAUGUACAAGCACAAACUGGUGGACUUUGUGAUUCACUUCAUGGAGGAAGUUGAUAAGGAGAUAAGUGAAUUAAAGUUGUCGGUCAACAGUCGAGCGCGUAUUUGUGCCGAAGAGUUUCUAAAAAGAUUUUGA